AUGUCUUGGCAAGCGUACACCGACAACCUCCUAGGAACUGGCAAAAUUGACAAAGCAGCCAUCUAUUCGAGAGCUGGCGACUCCCUGUGGGCUGCGUCCGGUGGCCUGUCACUUCCUACCAACGAAAUCGGCGAAAUUGCCCAGGGCUUUGAGAACCCGUCCGGGUUGCAGAGCACAGGCCUGCAUCUGCAAGGUCAGAAGUUCAUGCUGAUCAGAGCUGACGACAGAAGCAUCUACGGCAGACACGACGCUGAGGGUGUUAUCUGCGUGCGCACGAAGCAAACUAUCUUGGUGACACACUACCCAGCCGGCGUCCAGGCCGGAGAGGCCACCAAGAUUGUCGAGCAGCUAGCCGACUAUCUGAUCAGUGUCUCAUACUAA